ACUACACUUCAGUUCGACACGUCAGGCGGCGACAUGGGUCACAUGGGCAGCGCGUCGGCCGUCGCGUACGCGUUGUUAAUGUUAAUGUGCCUAUCAGUCACAGAAACCGUGUUAUCAAGUAAACAACGAAACGUUCUUAUACUGCUUGCGGACGAUGGCGGGUUCGAGCUGGGCGCAUACAACAAUAAGAUCUGCCAGACACCCAACAUCGAUGCGUUGGCACGCCGUAGUGUCAUAUUCAACAAUGCCUUCACUUCUGUCAGUAGCUGCUCGCCCAGCCGUGCAGCAUUUCUGACUGGCAAGCCGAGCCAUCAAAAUGGCAUGUACGGGCUGCACCACGGCGUGCAUCACUUCAACUCCUUUGACAACGUCACCAGCUUACCAAAUAUGCUUAAGCGCCAAGGAGUAUAUACUGGUAUAAUUGGCAAGAAGCACGUAGGGCCAGAAAGCGUAUACAAGUUCGACUUCGAGCAGACGGAGGAGAACAACCACGUGAACAUGGUGGGGCGCAACAUCACGCACAUGAAGCUGCUCACCAGGGCGUUCCUGCAGCUGGCCAAACAGGAAAACAAACCAUUCUUCCUUUACAUCGGGUUCCACGACCCGCACCGCUGCGGGCACAGCACGCCGGAGUAUGGCGUCUUCUGCGAGCGCUACGGGACCGGUGAGCCUGGUAUGGGUCGUAUCGCGGACUGGACGCCGUGGUACUAUCAGUGGGACGAGAUUGAACUGCCCUUCCAUAUACAGGACACAGAAGCAGCCAGAAGAGAUGUAGCUGCUCAGUACACCUCCAUGUCGAGGCUUGAUCAAGGCGUGGGCUUAAUCCUCAAAGAGCUAGCAGCAGCCGGCCACGGUGACGACACACUCAUAAUCUACACCUCCGACAACGGCAUCCCGUUCCCCUCCGGGCGCACCAACUUCUACGACCCCGGCCUUCGCGAGCCCCUCCUUGUGGCAUCCCCGCUCGCCGCGCGCAAGAAUGAAGCUUCCUACGCGCUGGUCAGCCUGCUGGAUAUAAUGCCGACUGUGUUGGACUGGUUCGGAGUACAGUUGGAGCACGAGGAAUGCAAUGAUAUUUGGCAGGAUGAUACGCCGAAAAGUUUACUGCCAAUUUUGAAAAAGGAGCCGCCGCCGUCAGACUUGGACGCGGUGUUCGCGUCGCAGACGCACCACGAGAUCACGAUGUACUACCCGAUGCGCGCUGUGCGCACGCGUCGCUAUAAACUGAUACACAACCUCAACUACGGGAUGCCGUUCCCUAUUGACCAGGAUCUCUACGCGUCUCCUACUUUCCAGGACAUCCUGAACCGCACGCGCAGCAAGCAGCAGCUGCCGUGGUAUAAGACGCUGAAGCAGUACUACUACCGCCCACAGUGGGAGCUCUACGACAUCCGAGCGGACCCCACCGAGUCUAAUAAUUUACACGGUAAGCCAGCACUGGAGCACGUCGAGGCGUCUCUGCGGGAGCGCCUGUCGAGCUGGCAGCGCGCCACGCGCGACCCCUGGCUGUGCUCGCCCGACGCCGUGCUCGAGGGCAGCGCGCAGUGCCGCAGUCUGGACAACACGUUAAUGCAGUACUAUCCGCGCUAGGCAGUUUUGACGACAUCCUGACGUACCGCUACGAAAGUGUACCAAAAAGCAAGGCAAAUAAGCGAACCUUAUUCGUCAACAAGAUUACGCAAAUGCUCCAAUAUUGCCAGUAUAACAUGUAAUUUACAACUAACGCAAAAUAAUUAUCAUCUAUCAACAGAUCACGCACGUGCUAAAUGAAGAUACUUUGUCGCGUGACAAGAUGUGUGACGAAGUAGUCAUGCUAGUCAUCCUGGUAGGAACACUAUUGCAUUGCUUAUUACCUUAUUUGACUGAAACAAUGUUGGAAAUGUUGGAAUAUCGAAUUGUCAUUUUUAUAUCUGAGAUAUCAAGACAAUGUCUUCUUUGUGAUUAAAAUUUAUUUAGAUGAAUAAAAUACCAAUUAGUAUUAAUGAAAUAUUUGUGUUUAAAACACAGUGUUUCCAACCAAUAAUACUCAAAUUACUUAAUACUCUUUAUGAUCUUUGUAUUUAAAUUUAAUAUUAUAUAUAUAUGUUUACUUCUUCUUCUUCCUCGCGUUAUCCCGGCAUUCUGCCUGGGGUCCGCUUGACAACUAAUCCCAUGAUUUGACGUAGGCACCAGUUUUUACGAAAGCGACUGCCAUCUGACCUUCCAACCCAGAGGGUAAACUAGGCCUUAUUGGGAUUAGUCCGGUUUCCUCACGAUGUUUUCCUUCACCGAAAAGCGACUGGUAAAUAUCAAAUGAUAUUUCGUACAUAAGUUCCGAAAAACUCAUUGGUACGAGCCGGGGUUUGAACCCGCGACCUCCAGAUUGCAAGUCGCACGCUCUUACCGCUAGGCCACCAGCGCUUAUAUGUUUACAAUAACACUUAAAAUCAUAUAGAUAAAAAUGUAAUAAAUGUUCUCUGAAUGUGAAUGAUCUAGGUACUCAAAUCUUGCCAGUAUCUGUGUCAUCUGUAUGUAAACUCAAAAAACUGUAAUUCCCUGUUAUCCCUGCACCUAAUUUUAACAAUUGUCUGAUACUUGAAAUUUAAAAAAUAAAGACUUUUAAUGUAUGUUAACUUUUAUUUAUUUUAUAAUAUUUACUGUUUACAUCAAAUAUUAAUAAAAUUUUAACAAUUAA